AUGAAUUUAAAUAAUGGAGAAGAAGAUCCCGUUUUUAAUCAACAUUGUCUUGAAUUAGCUAAAUUAUUACGUACAGAACAAACAGAAGAUUUCCUUCAUCUCUACGAUAGUUUACCAUCAGAAUGGAAUGGGUUUCGACUUGAUACAGCAAAAGAAUACAUUCGUCAAUUACAAGAACUCGACGAGAACGAAUUCGAACUUGUUUAUCAACGUGUAUUUCGUAACGAAGACGAACAAAAACAUUCAAGCAUCCUUAUGUCACAAUUGCCAAUACAAUCAUCAAUAAUUCACAAUGAUGAGGAACUAACAAAUAAUCGAAUAACAUCUUUAUCGCAUAUUCAACAAAAACAAUAUUUUGAAAAAACAGCAGCCAAUAAUCUUGUUGCUAAUGAAAAAUAUGAUAUAGCAUCGAAAUCUUCCUCAUCAAUUAAAAAAAAUGCUGAUGAAACAAAUACAAAGGCACGUCGUCUUCAACCAAUCACCAAUAAUAACGAUACACAUACUAUGAUACAAAACAAUUGUCGUACACGUACUCCGGUUGAUUCUUUUGUUCAAUUGAAUCUUACAGUCGAAGAUUAUAAGAAGACAAGGGAUCCAAUGUCGACUAGCAAAACCGGUAAUACUAAUAAUCAAAUUUGUGUAUCUCAAACUACGGAUACAAAUCAAUCGAACGCAACGCAAACAAAUAUUCUUAAAAAACAAAAAUCAUCAACAAAAAAUAAAUCUCAUGAAGAGGCAAGUUUCGAUUACUUUUCAAAGUCUACGGAUGACGACAGACAACAAUCGCGAUCAUCAUCAUCAUCGCCAUCGACAGCAACAACAACAACUCGAUUAAUAACAUCAGCAAUUAACAAAAAUGACUUAUUGGACAAUCAAACAUAUUCAAAAUCAAAAUCAUUUGAACAUAGUAAAUUAAUUCCGAAUAAUGAUUUUGAUUCUCAUGGUUCGUCAGUAGCAACCAAAUCAUCAUCAGAAAAUAGUGGAAGUACACGAAAUGGUUCAGCUUCGGACAGUGACGAUGAACAUCGAAAAACGAAUUUUCUAUCAACGAAAAAUUCUUCUCAGCUAUCAAAAACCAAAUCAUUGCAUAAUGAUGACACACCAACAAUAGUGUUGAAUAAAACCAGCGAUUAUCGAACUAGUCAACAUGAUCGUAUUUCAUCCUUACCUCAACAAGAAAGUUAUGAAUUAGUUCAAUUGAAUGUUAAUGAUGAGCAUCAUUUACUUGCUAGUCAAGUACCACGUUUUAAAUUGCCUGCUAUGGAUGAUCCAAGCGGCAUUAAUAAUUCAACUAACGAUAUUCAUUCUUAUACGCCACAAAGGCCUCAGCAAAAUAAUUACUUAGUAUCUAGUCAACAAAAUCGAAAUCCCGAACAUCAUGAACAAUAUAAUACUCACCAUUCCAAUGCAUCGCAUAAACCUCCAAGUCGAUCAUCUAAAAAACGAAAACAAUUACAACAACAAGAAAUAAUUCGUACUGAAUUAAUACCGGGCCAUCGUGGUGAUCUUGAUGUUGAUGAACUUGUCAUGUUCAUUGAUGGUAAUUCGACAGCAAAACAAAAACAACGACACAAUUCAGCGCCGCUACGGCCAACAGAUACAAAUAAAUUCAAAACAAUAUCAUCAUUACCGGAUGCAAAUAGUAAUAAUAGUGGAACAUCUCGACGAAAAUCUCGUAAACCGAUUAAAAUUACACAAGAAUUGGUAAAUGAUAAUGAAAAUAAAACUUCACAAAUUGAUGAAGAUAUACAAUCGAUUGAUUAUAUUGAUGACGAUGAUGAAAUAACGGCAACAACAACAACAACAACACAUUCCAUCAAUAAUGCAUAUACAACGAAUAUAAGUCUUCCAAAUGAUGAUGAAUCUCAUUCAAAUACAAUCGAUAUCGAUGCUACUAAUGAUUCUAGUACAACUAAUGGGAAAACAUCAUUGCCCGAUUGGUUAGAACCAGUACGCAGUGCAUCUCCAACAAACGAUGAUAAUGAUUCUUGUUCAUUAUCAUCACCAACAAUAUUGAAUAAUUCGAACAGUGAAAUUAUUUCUGAACCAUUUGUAACUGUAACACAUCGUCGUCGUAUAAUAAAAGAACGUCGGCAAGAUAAUAAUUCAUUAAUAUCAUCGCGAUCGUCUCGUCUACCAAUAUCUUCGAAUACUAAUGAUAAACGUCGUUUUCAACCAUCAACACAAAACGGAAUUGCACGUCCAAAUAUACGUAAUAGUCUUUCGAAUAUAAAACCAUUUAUUUCUACAACAACAAAAGAAGAAAAUAAAAUUGUAAAUUCUUCUUCGCCUCCUCUAUCGUCACAGGCAGUAUCUCAAACAUCAGUGCAGCCACUAACGUCAACACAACCACCGACAUCAUCCGUAUCGAAUCAUGUUACUGAACAAUCGUCACCUCGAUUAUCAUCUCAUUCCUCUUCCUCUUCAUUGCCAUCGUUAGUUAAACGACAAUCAAAACCUCCGCCUGUAGUUUUUCUAAAUAAAUCUAUAGACAUUGAAUUAAAUGAUGUUUCAUUUGGUUUCGAUGUUGAAAAUUCAACAUCGGAUAAACCCAAAACACCAACACCAUCACCUGUACCUGAUGAAAAGGAACAUCAAGUAGAAUCAAAUGAUAAUUCAUCAUUUACACCAGUAAAUGAUCCAUCAGUAAAUUCGAAACCUUCGUCUCGACGUUCUAAUCAACAACAUCGAAAUAAUCGUGGACUUUUAUUUUAUUCUGGUUCCGAUAUUCGUCCGCAACAACAUCAUAGAAAUUAUCCAUCACAAUCAUCUUAUAUUGAUCCUCUACUUCUUCUACAAUACAAUCAACAACGUUAUGCUGCUAAUUAUUCUCAACAAUUAGCCUACAUGAAUUUACUUCGUACACAAUAUUUACCAUCUCAAUCACAAUAUGUUCUUAUUCCAACAACGUAUGCAGCAACAGCAGCUCCUAGUGAUACCAAUCAAGAUGAAACAACUCUUGAAGAUGAACCUAAUCAAACAUCAGAACAAACUCAAGAGCCGUUACUUGUUUACGCAACACAAGCCGGUCCAGUUUAUCUACAGCCAACUAAAAAACCCUAUUAUGAUCUUGAACAAUUACAAGCAUCAACAGUUUAUCCAUCACAAUAUUUUUACUCACCUCAAACACAACAUAUGAUUCCACCACCUACAGCCUAUUUUCAACCAAUACCAUCGUCGUCGUUAUUAAUUGAUGCUAAAUCUCAACAUGAUGAUACUGAUGAAGAGGAAGACAACAAUUAUGAAAAGUCAACAAGCUUAUUUCAUCAAGCACAAAAACAACAACAAUCAUCAUCUCAUAUUAUGUCAAAUGCAUUGCAACUUGUUUACAGUCAAGAAAAACGAAAUGCUCAAACAGAUUGUUUUAAUCUUGAUCAAUUAACUGCUUAUUUAGCAAUGAAAUGGACAGAUAAUAUGAAUCAUUAUGAGCAAGGUAAAAAUUUCAAACGAAAUCAUCUUCCUAUUAAUCGAAAAAUCUUCAAUAGAAUUAGCUUCGAUCAAUUCCAUGUAGAAAUAGAGAAGCUUCCGAUUGUCAGAACAACUCCAUAG